GCUCUGAGCAGCGCCCACGAUGGCUCGCUCCGUGGCCGUGGUCUUUCUGAUGCUCCUCUCAGUGGUCUGCUUGGAUGCCAUCCAGCGUCCCCCACAAGUGCAAGUCUACACACGCCACCCACCAGAGGAUGGUAAAACAAACUUCCUGAACUGCUAUGUGUCUCAAUUUCAUCCCCCCCAAAUUGAAAUCGAGCUGUUGAAGAAUGGAAAGAAGAUGGACAAAGUCGAGCUGUCAGAUCUGUCCUUCAACAAGGACUGGUCUUUCUAUCUUUUGGCUCACACGGAGUUUACACCCACUGCGACCGAUAAAUAUGCCUGCAGAGUUACACACACCACUCUGAAGGAGCCCAAGGUCGUCACCUGGGAACGAGACAUGUAAUCAAGCAUCAUGGAGGUCUGAAGAUGCUUCAUUUGGAUCAGUUUAAUUCUAAAGUAUUUCUCAGUUUUUAAUAUGCUGUUUAAUCUAUGCACACGGAAGGAAUAGUAAUGGCACAUCAUCUUCUAUAUAACCUACCUUGAAUUCUGCAUGUUUUCCAAAAACAGAUGGAAGAGUAACAUCCUAGAUAUCUGAAAUAAUAAAGCAUCAAUGAGUAUUUUGAUCAGAAACAAACCGUUUUGAUAAUUUGAAUGAAAAAAACUUGCUAUUAAAUAUAAUUAAGAACAGUAGUUGAUCAUAUAUCAAACCCUUUGUACAUCUUAUUAGUUGGAUGUAGUUAUUCAUCUUUGGUCUAUCACAACAUAAAUGUUAUUUUUUUUAAAUCUAA